AUGGCCUUGCUCCACUGUCCUACCAGGUUUUCUAUUACAUGUUCCUACAGUCGAGAGCAAAAGCUGAGCAUCAAAGUAGGUAGAUAUUCUAGAAUAAUUGCUGGCAAGGUAAAUGGAAGUAUACAAACAAUUGCUGUUAGCAAAAAUAGCUGGAUGGUUUCAGUUGCAUCAAUGGCAGAAGUUAGCACUAUCACCAGAACAAAAACACGACAAAAUAUCCCAACCAAGAAACAGUUGGUUGAUCCAUUUCGGCAAGGAAUAAUCAUCGAAGGAGGUGUUGGAUACAGACAGACAGUUGUUAUAAGGUCAUACGAAGUUGGUCCCGAUAAAACUGCUACAUUGGAGAGCCACCUUAACCUUCUUCAGGAAACAGCGCUGAAUCAUGUCUGGGUUUCAGGGCUUCUUGGUGACGGAUUUGGUGCCACACAUGGGAUGGUUAGGCAUAAUCUCAUUUGGGUGGUAACAAGGAUGCAGCUUCAAGUUGAUCAGUAUCCAAUCUGGGGCGAAGUGCUCAAGAUUGACACAUGGGUCGGAGCAUCAGGAAAAAAUGGAAUGCGAAGAGACUGGCUUAUCCGAAGUCAUGUCACCGGACAAGUAUAUGCCCGUGCGACAAGCACCUGGGUGAUGAUGAACCAACAAACAAGACGCCUCUCCAAAAUGCCAGAAGAAGUUAGAGCUGAGAUCUCGCCUUGGUUUAUUAAGAAGCAUGCAAUCGAAGAAGAAACUCCGGGAACUAUAAAAAAAUUAGACAAUACCGCGAACUACAAAAACAGCAAACUUAAGCCCAAGAGGACUGAUUUGGACAUGAACCACCACGUCAAUAAUGUUAAGUACGUGAACUGGAUGCUUGAGACCAUCCCUGAAAUCUCUCUCGAGGGCUACCAACUUUUCAGUAUCACGAUGGAGUAUAAAAGGGAAUGCAGACCUUCAGAUACGGUUCAAUCUCUGUGUCAACCAGAUGAAGAUAGAGUAUCGCAGGAUGGAGUUCAAGUUGAUAAAAAUAACGAGGAACAAUUACAGGCAGAGUUAGAAGGAGAUGCAUCCCCCAGCGGACCCUCACCAAGCUUUACACAUCUGCUCCAAAUGACAAUGAACUCCAAAACUGAAGAGAUUGUGAGAGGAAGAACCACAUGGAAAAGAAAGCCUAGGCUAUCCCACUGA